AUAUCAUAUAUGCCCAAAAUAAAGCUCCGUCCAUCAUCCACUUCGCAUCUUUCAUCCUCAUCCGAAUCAAACAAACGAAAGCCAUGGAGUCCUUCGCCCCACCGGAACACCACGCAACUCCCCCCUUCUCCGGUAACAGCGCCCACCCACCUUAUCCCGAGAUGAUAAUGGCUGCAAUUGCUGCUCUAGACGACAAAGACGGGUCCAGCAGGCAAGCCAUAGCUAAAUACAUCGAACGAGAGUACUCCAAUUUACCCCCCACCCAUCCCAACUUGCUCACCCACCAUCUCAAGCGAAUGAAGAACGAGGGUCAACUCAUUAUGAUCAAACACUCGUACGCCCUUCCACCGCCUAGAUCUGUCCCCUUUCAACCGCCCACAACCGUUAUGGAUAAUCAUUUCACUGACUAUACCAUUACAGCUACUGAUGAAGGCUUUGUAAACUCCGCUUCUGCCACGGUAACUCCCAGAAGAAAACCCGGUCGUCCUCCUAAACCCAGACACGAUUUUGGGUAUCAGGUGCCCGAUGAACAGCAACCGCCCGAGAUCCAGCCUUAUCCGCCACAGUUCGAAACCCAAACCCAAACCCAUUUGGGUCAGGGUGAGUCGGAAGGAAACUAUGCUGAACCGCCUAUCUUUGCCUCGUUGGGUUUGGCGGAUGACGCGCCUCGUGAGAAUGCGUUGGUUUCCGCAAAGAGGGGUAGAGGUCGGCCGCCAAAGAGUGCUAAUGCAUCUGGUGGCACUGCCUCUGUUGGUGGUUCUGAAGGAAGGCGUAAACGGGGUAGGCCGAAAUUGUUGUCGAUUUCCAGGGUUAAUGGUGGGGUGUCAAAGAGGGGUAGGCCGAAGAGAAUUGGAGGGAUUGUGACUGUGCCGUUGUCCGGUAAUGUUGCCAGUCCGAGAGGAAGGCCUAAGAGGGCUGUGUCUGGUGAUGCCCGGAGUGGUUCGGUUUCAAGAGGCAGAGGUCGCCCUCCCAAGAACAAGUUCAGGAACUCCUUUGGUUCACCAAGCAAGGUUGGACCAGGGACCGCAGUCAUAGUGACAGAUCCACAUCAGCUUGUAGCGUACCAAGAAUUGAAGUUGAAAUAUGAACAUUUACAAUCAAAAGCUAAGGAAGUCGUGGGUGUCGUAAGGCCAUACAUCAACCCUGACUAUGAAGCUUUUGGAGCAUUGCAAGAGCUGGAAAUGCUGGUGGGGACAUAUGCGGUUGUAGAAAGCGAGAAACGGCAACCAUAUGCCUAGAAACUAGGAUUGCGACUUGUGAAGAGUAGAAGUUUGAGGUGGUUACGCAUUUGUAGAUUAGCAGCUGUAUGUUUAGAAAUUCGAGUUUAGCAGAGGUUAUUUUGUUAAAAGGAUGUUACAAGACUAGCCGUGAGUAGUACUUAUGCAUGCACAAAUGUAUUCGUGAUCCUAACUUUAUGUUCAACCUUUUCAUUUUAGUACUUGUCUUGGCCUA